GGCGGAAUCGGACGAUGGGCUGUCGAUUACCAAGAGCUGCCAAAACUUCCAGCAGAUUUUCAUUUUCCAGGACCUUCUGCGUUUCUCAGUCAAACAUGGAGAAGGUUGUAAUUGUAACUGGUGCUAACAGCGGGAUCGGCCUUGCUUUAUGCGAGAGGCUGCUUACAGAGGACAGCCAGCUGCAGCUGUGUCUGGCCUGCAGGAAUAUGCAGCGGGCCGAGGCCGCCCGCGCCAGCCUCCUGGCCUCUCGCUCCAGCGCCCGCAUAGAUUUACUGCACCUUGAUGUGGGCUCUGUGCAGUCAGUCCUCAGUGCUGCCAAAGAAAUCAAAACCAAGUACAGCAGAGUCGACUUUCUGUAUCUAAAUGCAGGAAUUAUGCCCAAUCCAACAGUGGACAUAGGCGCAUUUUUCAAAGGUCUUUUCUCCAGAAAUGCCAUCAACAUGUUUGCAACUGCAGAAGGUCUGCUAACUCAGCAGGACCGUGUCAACUCGGAUGGUCUACAGGAGGUUUUUGCCACAAAUCUAUUUGGCCAUUUUCUUUUGGUCAGAGAGUUGGAGCCUCUUCUGUGUCAGCCGGGUCACACAUCCAGAGUGGUGUGGACGUCUUCCAGUAACGCCCGGCGCUCGGCCUUCAGCAUUGAGGAUUUUCAGCACACAAAGGGGACGGAGCCCUACAGCUCUUCUAAAUACGCCUCAGACCUGCUUAGUCUGGCACUCAACAGACACAAGAACAGCCAGGGGCUGUUUUCCUCUGUAACAUGUCCAGGACUAGUGAUGACUAAUUUGACUUUUGGCAUCCUUCCUUCCUUCUUUUGGACUCUCAUUAUGCCCAUCAUGUGGAUGAUCCGAAUUUUCACCAACACUUUUACACUCACCCCAAACAAUGGAGCAGAGGCACUGUUCUGGUUGUUUCUUCAAAAGCCCGAAGUUUUGGAUUCAAGAGCAAAAUAUCACAGUUUAACAUCUGGACUUGGAACGAAAUACACUGAGCCUAGACAAAUGGACAUCGAUGAUGAAAUGUCAGAGGUCUUCUAUUCAAAACUUCUUGAACUUGAGAAAACAACCAGAAGGAAACUGAAGGAAAGAAAUGCUGAUAAUGAAGCCUAUCAGCAGUACCUCAACAACAUAGAGUAGCAGGGAGGUGAACAUCCAAACUCCAGGCAUUUAAAAUGUAUGCUGAUUAAUAUUCAGCACUUUGCAUUUUUACAAUAUGACCGCACAAUGUUUCCUCUACCUCUGAGUAUUUUUCCUUAAGUGUUUUUUUUUCUAGUGAUGAGUUAGAGCUACGUGUUUAACCUGUAAAGAGGCAACAUUGCUAAACCUGUCAAUAAUCUUAUUAAUAUGAACAUUUGACUUUUAAGAUGUUGAUUUAAGUUCUAUGUAAAGGAAAUGGUGUCAUCUAGGGAAAAAAGUUGCUAAAUGAAUCGAGAUCCUAAAUCAGCCAAUUGUAAAGCUACGAUCACACCAAGAUGAGCAACUCGCAUUCAAGCAACCACUUUCAAUAAAACGUCUAUGUUAACGCGCGGAUAAAUGUUGAGCUUCAAAACUCUCACAUUCACGCGUAGCUACGCACAUUUUUAAGAUCAUUUUUUAGGGCUCUAUUUAGAAAAUGUGCAGUGUGCAGCCAUUGAAAGUGUGUUUAACCAGGUUGAACUUUGACCAAUCAGGGACUAGGAUUUGGUAGCGAUGCAUGGAUGGCAUCCUUUUUCAUUCACGGAAGUUGAACCUUAAUAAUUGCGUUUUGUGCCCGAACGGAAUUUUAUAACCACUGGUCUUUCAUAGAUCCGUAUAGAGAUGCGAAAUAGAAAGUCUUGGAGCAAGAUUUGCUAAAUUUGUUCCGCUUUGACACCAAGCCUCUUCCAACUGUAGGUGGCGGACAUACGCUAGUAAUCAGUAGAAAAAUAAAAGGAAGGAGGCGCCCCUCUCUGCUUCUCCAGUGAGAACACUGUGGGCUGUACUUGCACAAUUUAGAAUGAGCAUCACAUACCCAACGUGUCCAAAUACUUAGGUUGCCCCAAUGGUGGUGUUUUAUGGGUUACUUUUUUCAGAUAUUGGACAUUUAAUAGUUCAUUAAAGGGCAUGCAUGGAUUUAUUCAUAGCAGAUGGGUGGACUUAUGGAAGGCCCAAAGUGCUUUAUUGUCAUAGUCCCAUUCACACACUGAUGACUUAUAACUCACAGUUUUCUUCCACCCCAGUUUCCAUUUGUUGCACAUUGUUGAAGGGGGCAGAGUAAACUCCAGUCAAGAUGGUUUCACCUCUUUUUGCAGUUCAGAACGAAGUGGGUGACACCAGAGAUGAUCACCCUGUUGCUAAUGUGUAUAUGUUGCUGCUUUAGGCCCCUCCCACAUCCCCUCCCUGCACUUUAAUAGGCCCCAGUGGUUAUGUGCAGACCAGUCAGAUCUCCAAGCUACGGGGAAAAUGUUCACCCGCCUUUAUUUUGAGCUGCCAUUAACAGUUUCACUGAAGAUACAUCAAAAGAAAGGAAUUAAACACACGAUUAUGAAAUGGUCAAAUCUGGGCGUCAUGGUGACAGAAAUAUUCACUACAAGUUUGUGAGGCUUGCAGGCCAACUUUUAAGCGGUUUCUUUAUUUGGUGCCGCUGCAGUCAUUUACAUGUUAGGAAGAACUAUCCUUGGUUAAUUAAGGGAGAGAAUGCAAUCAGCCCUGUGGGAGCAGUGCAUCAAAGACAUGAAGCACUUGACAGUGAUACUGUGCACUUAAUAGUGAGAGGUUUCAUUUUAAUCUGUGUGGGUGGAGAGCUUCUUCUGCAGAUGAGCAGCUAUGAUUGCACCUCACUCAACUGAAUUCAUGUUUUUGUUUCAUUCUUUAAUUUACUCAUAGUAGGCAUGUGUAACUAAAAAUUAUCUUUGUGUUGAAUGGUUUUAUUACCAUCAUGUAUUCUGCUAUGUACUUGUGUCGAGUUAGUUUAGCGCCUGUGAUCUGGGAGCUCGUCCACAGAAUCCAUAAAUUACAAAGCGCUUGUAUUUAACAGACUGAAGGUCGAACAGCGUCUGAGUUAGACCCGUCUUCAUGUGAAAGUCUUUGGUCACUUUGAAACUACUGCAGAACAACUAAAGUACAAGGAAAAAAAUGCAUCAUCCAAAUAUUUAUUCUAACUGGGCGAGGCCAAAAUAAAAUUUGAUGUGCAAAUUUGGUUUUACCAGGAAAUGAAAGAAUGAAGUGAGCGAAAAGAACUAUACCAAUGUUUAUUUUCUUUUUAUAAGGCUUUAAAUGAUAUAGAGGAGAAUCAGAAACAUUUCCUUUAAUGUCUUUGUAUGCACAAUAAAUUUUGUGAUGCUC